GACAAUUUAUUGAUCUCGCAUUUUUAUUUUUCAGAUGGAGAAUUCGACUUUUUCAAUCAUAAGAUCUCAGAACUAGAGGACAGUUGGAUGGGGUUUUUUAGUACGCGUUUCUAUUGUUUAAUUUAUCUUUGGGGUAGUUUUUAAUAUUAUUGUCAGUGAACGAUGAUCUGCAUUUUUGAAUUGUUUUUUUUUUGGGAAUUGACUUUUUACUUUUUUGCUUUGUUUCUCCAUUAUGUAUGUGACGAAUAUGGUUAGUUAUAGGGGUGGUAAUCGGUCGGUAACCGGUUUAACCGGUUACUGUUUGACCGGUUACCAGUAUACCGGAUCUCCUAUUGCCGUUGCCGUGUACCUCCACCGAUUUAUUUCGGUACACCGUUUACCGAAUGGGACGGUUACGGUAUUUGCACCGGUUUCCCGUUUAACCGAAAGUGCCUUUGGCUGCGGAAAUUUUGUGCUACGGUGCGGCAAGACUGUCCCCUGCUUUUCGAUGGGGUACUGGGGUUACUGACAGAGAAACAAUUUUGCCGACUGUGUACUGUCUUCCUUUAUUUUUCUUAUUUGGGGAAUUGGGUCCAACCGGCCACCUCUCCCUCUCUCACAAGAAAAUGGCAAACAAAAUUAUAAAGGAACCAAACUAGAAAGAAAUCACAGAAUCACAUGGUUCUGCUUCCAACGUGGCAAUGUGUCCAUCUCUCUUGAUAGGAAAAUGCCAAAAAGUGAAAAAGAUAAAGGACCAGAGCACCAAACAAAGAAAUCAAACGAAUCAUCAAUCAAGCUAGGUAAAAGUUACUAGCUAUAAUUCCAAACGAAUCACAAUUCACAAAUCGACGAUGAGACUUAAGACGAACUGGAACUGCUGUCUAUUCUAUUGGGCGUGGGGUCGAGGGAAUAAGUUCCGACGGGACGGAGAUGGGAACAGGGCAACGGCGAGGCCUUGAUGGAAACAGAGCUUGGCGGAGAGAAUGAUGCACCCUGGGCUGUUGGGUCGUGUUUCUUGGAUGCAGCUUGCGCCGGCGACGGGGGACGACGAAGAUACCGCUAGUUUUGAUCGGCGGCGUUAGAUUGGCGUGACUCGUCGAGCGGCCGGCAGGGGACACGGGAGAGAGAUGGCUUGAUUUACUUUAGUUUUCUAAUUCCUAAUUACCACUAGGAUUAGCCGACUAGGUUAAUUACUUAGGUGCUAGGGCGGCCGACGUUUGGUUGAUUGAUGGCUUGAUGUCUUUUCCAUUCGGAUCGGAAUACCGGUAUGCCGACGGUGUUUUACCGUCCUUAUCUCGGUAUACCGCCAGCUUAAUUUCCAUGGCCGAAUACCGUUUGGAACGGUUAACGGUUUAACCGGUAACCGCGGUUAUCGGUACGGUUACCGGUUAAACCGUUAACCGUAAUACCGUUUACCAGCCCUAGUUAGUUAUUUAACCAGAAUGUUAAUAGUUGUUGGAAAUCAUUCACGUGUCUUCAAAAGUAAUGUGUUGAUGUGCGCACGAUUAUCUUCACUAUGAAUUGAGCUUGAUGUUAGUAUUCUGUAACUUUUUCUAAUUUUGAUUGCCAAAUUCAAGAGUUUUUUUUUUUGGAUUUAUUUUGAUAACUUGACUCUAUUUAUAAUAAAAAUAAGAGCUCGCUUGGAUAAUUGGAUUAUAUUUUAUUGGAUUGUAAACAAUCGAAAGGUUCUGCUUCUUCGAAUUAUAAAAUAUACCUUUUAAAAAUUUCACUGUUUGUUAACCGUGAUUGUUAACAUAUAGAAAAAAUAAUUCUAUUUUUUGCAUAUGAUGUAGUCUUAACCAACAAAAUUACAGUGAUUAAAAAAAUUGAGAACUAAUAAGUAAUAAUAUUCGGUGGGACAAAUAUAAAAAGAUAUAAAGAAGGAGGAACAAAAAAUCUCGCAAACCAAUUUAUAGAAUCUCUCUAAGUAUAAAAGAUAUAUGUCUAUAAAUUUUGGAUUUCGAAAUAUCUGAUGCUAAAAUCCACUCUAUAACAGGAAAAAAUAAGUUAUGAUAAAUCUAUCGAUUUAAUUAACCUGUACUCACAAAUCUUGUCUCCAAACGAACCCUACAAGCAACUUUCCAAAUUUGUUUUGAUAAUAUGUAUUAUUUUUAAAAUACAUAUUAAAGCAAACAAAGCCUAAUCAUAAGAUAAAAUCAUAAAUUACUUAGUAUUUAUUGAGAACUUAAAAAAUUUCUUGAUAAAUUAUGAGUCAUGUACUUAGUAUGUUAUAUUAGCAGUAAUUAUUUGAUCCCCGAGUAAAUAAUCUAUACAGACCACACAUACUAUUCUUUAUUAAGGGGAGGUGAAGGAAAAUUAGGAGGGGAGGGGAGAUUUGGAGGUGAAGGAAAUUGGAAGGAAAGUGUUGUUUUAUGGAGGAAAGUAGGAAGUAAAGUGUGUUUUGGGAAGUGUGAUCAAUAUGUUAUUAUUAGUUAUGUAAAUAGAGACUUUGUUUAUUUAAAAAUCGUGAUUUAACCACAUCAAUCAUUUAAAAUAGAGACUUUAUAAUAAUUGAUCAAGGAUUCUAAAUCAAUUAAAAAUCAUUCAACUUAUUAAAAUUUUGUUUGCUAUUUUGUUGAUUUAUCAACAUAGCAACUAAGAACAUAAACAAAUAUGACAUCCACUUUGAAAUCGAAAAAUUAAACUCGAAAUUUAGCUAGACCGUUAAUAUUGACAGGCAUUAGUCUCUUUUGUCUACGACGCAACAUAUAAUUCUAAAGUGGCUUCGACGUGACUUCCACAUCAUACAACAAUAAAUAGAAUUUAGCACUAUAUUUGACCACAAAUCAACAAGCUAACUAAAGUAGACUCCUAAUUAGACUUACUAAGCCCACACAAUUACUACCCACGUAAGCUAAUAACCCACUAACCUACUAAACCCUAGACUAAUUAACUCAUUGACACAAAUACAUAUACUAACCCCAAAACCCAACAUUUAUCUCAUCAUGUUGAGAAGAAGUUUUUCUGGUUCUCUAUCAUAAUUCCUAGGGAGAAGAAAAAAGAAGAUACAGAAAAGUAAAGAGUGAGGUAAGAGAUGGCAAAUAAAAUAAAUGAAAAUGUAGAUAGUGGGAAGUUUCUCUCGGUUUUGGGGGGUGAGUUCAAGAGUAACCUUUUCCUUUCUUUUCCUUCACCUUAUCACUGUUACAAAACUAAAAAAUAGGGAAAAGUGCAUUGGUUCUGUUACUUUCCACUCAUUUAUUUCCCUCCCCUCCUUUUCCUUCUCAUAAAAACAUAGUGUAAAGGUUCUCUUUGUUGUGUCCAAUUGCUGCGUUUGGUUGUUGGCAGUGAAAGUUUUGCAAUUGCAGUUUUUUUGAAGAAUUUGAAAGAAUCAAAUGUUAAUGUUGUUUUGAAACUACGUUUCCUGCAUGAUUGGAAUUCUAUUAAUUUGGUUGUUUCGAGUACGGUUUAUGAUCAUAGAAGCUUGUGGGUGGAUGAAAAAGUAUGUCGUUAUUAUCUUAUUUUUUAAGUUUUUUUUUGUUUUCAAUUGAUUAUUUUAAUUCUAAGGGUUUGUCUCUUGUGUGCAUGUUUUUUUCAGGGUACGCUCGUCCAAUGUGUUGCUGGACCUGAUUUGACUGAUGUGAUUAGAGCUGUUGUUUGUAAGGGCAACGUUUAUAAUGUUCGUAAUUUUUCUAUUAUUCCUCCAAGAACGAUGUACAAUGGUUGUUCUGGUAACUGGUGUGUGGAGUUUGAUCGGAAUACAAUUUUCGAAGAAGAAUCUGAUGUUGCUCCAACUUUCUGUUUGGAAAAGUUUGAGUUUGUUGAUUUUGAGGAGCUUCGAUCUCGCGUUUCUAAUAAUUUUGUCUUGGCCGAUGUUAGUGGUCGACUUGAGUCCAUUGGAGAAAUCGACCAUGUAUCUACAAAACAUGGAUUGACCGUCAAGCAAAAUGCUGUGUUGGAGAAUGAGAGAGGGUUCUCUAUCUCUGUUACUAUAUGGGGUGCGUUCGCUGGUCAGCUGAAUGCUACUCAUUUGAGUCAGGGCGGGAAUGCAACACCUGUAAUUGUUGCCUUUUCUGGGAUGACUGUCAGUGAAUAUCGAGCUGAAACGUACCUCUCGGCUCCUGGUACAUCCAGUUCGAAUAACGAGGUUGCGGUUGCAGGACAUGUGAAUUUAACUAGCAGUAGUUCUAAUCUUGUGGCGAAAGGAAAAGAGGUUGAUACGGUUGAUGUGGAGUGUGUGUGGAAGACGGGAAUGUCUUGGGUACUGGUGUACUUGAUGUUUCUACUUGCAAGCUUGUUAUUGUGUUUGGAAAUGAAGAUUCUUUGACUCCUAUCAUACGUGAACAGGCUGAGCUAGCUGCCAUUUCUGUACGUACUGGAUAUUUCGUCACGUGCAAGUGUACUAUAAAUACAACUACCCGCAUUUGAGUGAGUGUUUUUAGGUUUGCCCGUUCCUAUAUUAUAUUUGAUAGAAUUUUUCCUUCAUUUAUGUGUAUCUAUGUUUUAGACCUGGGACAAAGGUCGACAAGUCUGCACUACAGACUAUAUCACUUUGGAUAAUACAGAGUCUUGUGAAGA